UUCGUCAAAGUGAACGGAAGAAGUUGUAGUGGAUUUUCAUCGUUGUUCUUGUUGGCGAAAAGCAAAUACAUCUCAGCUUUUUGUAAAGAAUUUUCUUGUGAUGCAGGCUGAGGCUUCAUGCCCCGAAUGUCCCACAGAAGAUGACAUGACAGAGGGGGAUUUGGGUGAUGGGAUGGGGGCCAGAUCCAGGAGACAUCAUGGCCAUCUCCCACAAAUGAAGACCAGAGGGAGGUUUCUGGACUUCUUAUCCCACUCACGACCAAUAAAAGAGGGCAGCGAGAGAAGCAAUGGACCCUUCUCAUGGACAUCAUGUAGAGCCAUGUACUCUGUUUUUAGGGAAGAACUGGAGGCUGAACGAGGUGCACGGUGGGAGAAAAGACAGUCUGAAAGCUCAACUGAAGACACAAGUGAAGAGCUGCAGAGAAGACUACAGGAGGUCACUGAGGAAGUGGAGCUGUUACGUACUGAACUUGAAGUCACUCAUCGCCACCUGGAGGGGAAACAUGAGGCUCUUCGGAUUUUACAAGGACAGGCAAUCUUGGACAAAGCAACUUGUCAUACUAAAAUGUUGCUUCAGAAGAGUGAGGAGAGGACCAAAGCCCUAGAAAAGGAGGUUAACGCACUUCAGUGGGAGAUCACCUUUAACCAGGUGCAGUUCAAGAAUGUGGAAAACUCAUGGAGCUUGAAGUAUGAGAGAGUGCUGGCAGAAAAUGAAGCCCUAAAGAAAGCACUGGAGGAGAGAAUGAAAGUGCAUCAGGAGCAAAGGACAGAGAAUGCAUCUCUGAGCCAAAAAUGUCUGGAACUCCUGUCCAUGCUAAGUGCGAAGGAAAGGAGGGACUUCCAGAGGACUCAGCCUUCCUGCAGCCUGAAAACAGAUGGUUCAGCUCUGGAGUUGGCGGUGUAUGGGGCAUGUCAGUGUAACUCUAAUGGGGGCGAGCCAUGCUCCUGUGCUAGAAGUGCUGCAGCAAGUCGCAAACAGGUCCUCCAGCUCAAGCACGAGCUGGAGCAGCAGCAGAAGAGGAAGGAAGAGGCUUAUGUCAUGAUGGAUGCUUUUCGUAUCGCCUUCGAGCAGCAGCUGAGGAGAGUCGGAGAGAACGUGCUCCGGCAGGCUGAGACUGACAGACACCAGAAGCAUUACCAAAGACAUGAGAAAGGGAAGCAAUGGUCCCUUACUGUAGGUGAAAGGCUAAAAAAAAUUCUGCCCACAACAAGCGACGGAAGGAUACCAAGUGAUUCCAGUGAAACACUGCAUAUGCUACUUGAUCUGUUAAAUGAUAAAGAGGAGGCACUGGCACAUCAGAGGAAGGUUAGCUACAUGUUGGCGAGAAACACUGAAGACUUAGAAAAACGUCACCGGAUGCAACUAGAAGAGUUGGACGUAUCACAUGAGGACAGUAAAACAAAGACCGAGGCUUCUGAGGAUCAUGAAUGGAGCAGAGACUGUAGAUGCUUUGCUGACAGCUGUGGUUCUCAACAUCUCUCUGUACCCGAUGAUAAGCAGUCUUUCAAAGCAAAUAAACCACCCUCUGAAAAGAGACCUGAAACUAAACCUGACAAUAAAGAUGCUUAAAAGAUCGA